CUAAAAUCGUUGACAGAUGGAAGCGCCUCUGCCCACAUAAUUAAGAAACUCACGGGUCGAUUUUCUGUACAACAACAGAUCCUUGAAGUGCUGUCAGUUCUAUUUGGUUCUGUCAGCUGGCGAAGAAGAGGAUCGUGGAACGAUCAAAAUGUCGUGGUCUGAAAAAAUAAUGACGAUUAUGCAGAGACCAGGGCAGGAUCCUGUUGCCAAGGACGAUGUACCUUGGUGGAUGAAAUAUGCUGGGCGAGGACUCGGCACUGUAGGGAGUCUGAUUGCAAUUUUUCUUGGAGCAUGGAAUUGUGUAGCGAUACUCUUGGGUUCUAUAGAUUGCCUGAUUAGCGGUAUGUGGCAGAUGGUGGCUGGUUUUGUAGUUGUAAUGAUAGAAGCACCAUGUUGCUGCCUAUUUAUUGAUUUUGUACAAAACUUAAGUGAUUGGGUGGAGAAGAGACCCUAUUGGAAUAGAGCAGCGGCGUAUUGUUUGAUGGCGCUUCCACCAGUCUUCCUGUGUUUAGGAAUGAGUAGUCUAUUUGGCAGUGGCCUCAUAUUUGCAACAGGUGUAAUAUAUGGAUUGAUGUCGCUUGGUCGAAAGGCACCUCUUCAUGAAAUGAGAUCAGCAAUGACAAACAUAGAGGUUCCUUCAUCAAGUAUGCAGGCCACUCUUGUUGAAAAUGCUCAACCAAUAGGUUUUUCCAGUAAACCAGAUAGCAAUGUUUGACUUUUAAGAAUUAAUUGGCGACGUGGUUAUCAUUUUGUAUGAAUGAUGAUGAAUGUUGACUUGGUCGAACAAUGAACAGCCAAGCCCAUGAACCAUCAUUGUUACAAUAAAAUACUUAUUUAUUUCGAAUAAUACUUGAAAACUUUAUAGCAAUCAAUUGGUAUUAGCAUGAUUUAUUCUGUGGAUCGUUUAUGUCGUUUGUGUUAGAGUUUGAAUGAAACAUUAGUCAAUUGUUCUUAAUCUGUUAGUGUAAUAUUAGUCGUGUAAUUUUGUUGAUCAUAAAAUUUCGUUCUAUCAUGCAUACUUCUCGAUUUGUUUAGAGCUGGAAACGUUGGUGUUAACAAUGUACUAUGCCAAUAUGAAUUAUAAUUUCAUUCGUACGUCUAUUACGUACAUUCGAAAAUUUAUUGCGAGCAAAAUCAGAUUGUUCUACUUGAAAUAAUGCCAAAGUUAAAGACUGCUGCGACAUCAUAUUCUAAACAUUAUUAUUCAUGGGCUUGGUUUCCAUGUGGUCCUACUACAUACUUGUAAUGCGUGUCAUACAACAUGAUCUAAGAAUGAAAUUCGUGAUGAAUAAAACUAAUUAUCGUACUAGUUGAUUUUGGAUGUGGUUAACUGUUACACUUUUAGACGUGUUCGAGUCCAUGAGUUGACUUUCUCAAAACUAAAACAUGUAACACUUCCAAAAUCAAAGCAUUUUAAGACUUUGAGGCAAACUAUUUGCAGGUUGCAAAGACUAAUGAGUCAUAACUUGUUAGUUUUAUCAUUUCUUCCUUAUACAGUUUUUUUUAAUGUUCUUCUCUCUGCCAAAUUAACUAUAUGUAUAUAUAGAUACGUUAAUUUGUUACUAUAUGUAUGUGCUUGAAUUCGUUCGCAAUUAUUUUACCGGAUACACAUGUGAAAUUUCUGUUAUGUGUACUUUUAUAAGACUUUUAUCGUCUAGACUUCCAAACUGAGUAUACGAUAGUUUAUAUUUCAUAUUUGUGGCCAAAUAUAGUUUUAAAAUUUAU